AUGGAGAAUAUCAGCAAUUCCGAGUGGGUGGUGGUGAUCGCCAUGUUGAUGCACCUUCUUAUGGUGCCGUGGACGAAAGUCGAGGAGAGCUUCAACGUGCAGGCAACCCACGAUCUCAUCUACCACAUUUACAACAUAUCUGCGUAUGAUCAUCAUGAAUUCCCUGGUGUUGUUCCGAGAACUUUUGCCGGUCCAAUAUACCUCGCUGUGUUUGGUCUUCCUGUACGCUUUAUCUUCUUCUUGAUGGCGCCAGUUUUCGUAGAUUUGAUUUUAGUUCGCUUUGUCCUUGGAAUGACGACCGUAAUUUCUUUUCUGAACUUCGCCAGGGCUGUAAGCAAGAACUUGGGACCUGAAACUGCUAUGUUUUUGAGGAUUAUCGUUGCCUCGCAAUUCCACAUGCUUUUCUAUGCAUCACGUACACUUCCAAACACAUUCGCUCUCAUUUUGGUUCUCACCGUGUUCCAGAGGUGCAUGGAAAAUCGCUAUGAAAGUGCUGUCCGAUGGGCCACUACAGUUGUAGUGUUAUUAAGAUGUGAGUUGGUGCUUCUGUUUGCUCCUCUCUUUGGGAGAGUAAUUCUAACCGGGCGGCUGCCAUUAUUUGGUUGGGACGGAGCGCUAGUCAUUGGUAUUAAAACGGCUGUUAAAGUAGUUUUUGUUACUGCUUCCGUCGACUCGCUUCUCUGGGGUAAACUUGUAUAUCCUGAAUUGGAAGUUGUAAAGUUCAAUAUUCUUCAUAACAGAAGUCAUGAAUAUGGGGUUUCACCGUUCUUGUGGUACUUCUACUCGUGCCUCCCUCGUGGUUUAAUGAUGAGUCUUCCUUUGGUCGUACUCGGGCCGUUUAUGGAUCGGCGGCUAACAAACAUUGUUCUUCCUGCAUUCAUAUUUGUCUUUCUUUACAGUUUUUUACCUCACAAAGAGCUCAGGUUCAUUAUCUAUUCAUUUCCGCUGUUCAAUCUCUCCGCUGCUGUCUUCUGUUCAAGAAUGCACAUCAAUCGCCAUAAGUCUAUAAUUCGUCGUAUGCUCUAUGUUGGUUGCUGCUUACAUAUCGUUGCUAAUCUUAUUUCUACUGCUGUAUUUCUCUACGCGGGAGCCAGAAAUUACCCGGGUGGUGAUGCCAUUGUACAUCUCCAGUGGACUCAACGGUUCGAUGCUGGCAAACCAAUAUCUGUGUAUAUUGAUAAUGUGUGCGCUCAAACAGGAGUUAGUCGUUUCACGCAGCUUUAUGAUAGCUGGGAGUAUAACAAGACAGAGAGCUUGGCACCAUCCGACAUGGAACGGUUCGAUUUUCUUCUGAUUGGCACUUAUUCGGGGAAUCUGAAGCAGAUCGUAGUCGCUAAUUAUUCAAAUCACCGUCGGGUGAUGUUUGCCGUAUCGGGUUUUCAUCGCUUUACUACCAAACACGCCCUGGGGUCAAAAUAUCAUUUUAUCAUUUUGAAAUAG